GUUCCAAGAAAAUGAGAGGCGCAAGAAGUCUGGCGGGAAACAUAACCUACAGUUAAUUUUCGAGAAGGCUAUUUCAAAUUAUUAAAGAGAGUGAUUGGAGGCAUUGUUUAUUAUGGCUCACCCGAAAACACCCCCGACGUCGUCUGAGAGCAAAAAGUUGAGAGUCUCUGCAUCCAAAGAAGAGACAGGACUUCCUGAACUAAGGGAGAAAAAAAAUAUGGUGGAUCAUUCAAAACCCCUUCCUACUUCCCUUCAGAAUGAGUUCAUCCCGGAAGAAGUUCUACUUUCUCUGACCUAUGCAGCCAGCGCUGGUCCUUGUCCUGAAAACUUACUGCCUCCAAAGAAACUUAAAACCCCAAAGGGCACCCUUCCACGCCCCGUUGAUCACGUCUGGCAUCAUCCUGUUCGUAGGAAUAAAUUCAAAUAUCUGAUUGACCAUCCCAUUUCACUAACAGGAGCUGGAAGGGAUAUUUCUUUUCUGUAUGACAUGAAAUAUGUCAAAGGAGAGGCCAGGGAGAGCACACUGUGUCCCCCGCAUUCUGGCCAUUCCUUACAGCCACGUGACAGCGCCAUUGUGCCUCACAAGCCAAAGAAACUAACAGAUACUUUGAUUCCCGAAGAAUUUCACAUUGUGUCAAACACAGGAGUCUCGGGUUUGGAGUGUUAUGAUGACAAAUACACUACUCUGCUCAAAGACAGUGAAAACAGGCUAUUGCUGUUCCCCUCCAUGAAGCCUAACAGAAGAGCGGAGGUGAUCCAGCUGAGUGACGUGAUGGACACUAUGCUGGAGAGGGCCGGGGUGGAAGAUCGGGACUACACAGGGCCAACCAAGAUGCACAAACUGCUACAUAUACUGAGGCAGGAACAGAAUAUUUACAACACGGUGUUUCACGAACUUAUUCGACAGGUCAGUGUAGACUGUGCAGACAGAGGAGAGCUGCUGUCUAAAAUCAGGGAGCGGUACGUACAAUUGCUUGACCAAAUUGCCCGGCAGAUGAUUGACUUCUACAAAGACUUGGUGACUCAGCGAAUGAUGGACCAGCGCAUCUUACAAGAAUUGUACAAUUUUAAGAAUGUUAUCGAGGAACUGACCAGGGAGCUGUGUUUGGUCCGGGCACAUGAUAUAAAAUUAACAAAGGAAGCAGAGAAAGCCCACAAGGAUUUGACACAAGCUCUUUUAGAUGCUGAGAAAAAUGCCAAAAUUGUGGAAGAAUACCAUGACUUGUACACAUUACAGAGAGGAAGGAUGGAGAGUGAUAUUAAACAGUUAAUGGCAGAAAGGGACGUCUGGAGCUCAGCCACAUAUGAACUGGCGCUCAAGGUAAUUGAAAGAAAUAAAGUCAUAUUGGCUAAAAAACUUUACCUGAACGAAAAAGGCUGGAGCAAAUAUGCUAAGCAUUUCAUCAUACUGCUGUCCAGCAAGGACACUUCAGACCUUGCGUUGUUGCAGAAGUUGACAGAGAACUGGAAAAUGUUAGUGAGUAAAUUUAGACAAGAAGUGGAAGAAAAUGAAGAGACUACCAAGGAGCAAGUGCGGAUUAUUAAGGAUAGCCUUAUAAAAUGGCAGGAAUUAUUCUCGAAAAAAUACAUUGUAUUCCCUAAAAAAGAAAAUAUAUUUGAACCACUUAUUCCAGACUUCCAGCAGUGGGUAAAGAUACUGAGUGACAACAGAGACAAGUAUAGUGGGGAUUUUCUAGUGUCAAAAUAUGAUUCUCUCAAGAUCAUUAAGUACUUGCAGGAAAACUGGACAGAUAUUGGGCUCGGGAUAUUCCGUCGCCACAUAAGCAUGGAGGGAGAGAUGCCGCCAGAGUAUUAUCAGAUGGAGGACAUUGUGAAAAGCAUAGAUACACUCUACAAAGAAUUUGAAGUAAGGAUAAAUGGAGAAAAUGGUGUCUGUAGACUUUUGGCAAGUGUGAUUAGUUCUAUGGACUUCUGUUGUUUCAAGUUGGAAAGCUUCGCGGAGGUUCCUGAAAUGUUUCCUAGAGAAUGGGAAGGACUUGAUGAAAAAAUCAAUGAAAUGAAAACCCAUUUGGAGACAUUGCUGGACACCAUUGGCACUGUUCCCCAGAGUUUGGACACGGAUACUGGCUCGGUACUGGAAGCACAUAUAUUUAACAUGAUUCAACAAUGGCAUUUGAAAAUAGGCAACGAGAUUAACAAUGGUAACAUUGAACUUCAGCGCCACAUGGAUGAAUUGCAUAUAUCUAUGAUCCGGUGGAUGGUGCGUCUGCUGAUAGUGAUGGUACCCGACAUUCCUGACCAGGACACUCUCCCAGGGCUGGAGGAGAAAAGAGCUAAGAAACACGACGUCAACAUUGCAACCUUGGAGCUAGACGUCAUCGCCCUGGCAAAAAAGCUGUCCAAAUACUCCCAUUAUUUGAACAGUUGCUGCAAAGGGAUGGUAACGGCCAUGGCUCUGAGUAUAACCAGCAACCUCCAAAAAUAUUCUACUAAGGAACUUCACGAUCUGAAUGCGAUGAAGAGAGAAUGUUAUGAGUGGAUCACCACAUGUUCUCACCUCCUUGGUCGGAUGAAAGGCAAACAAAUCCAGUUAUUGACAUACGAAGAAAAGUUGCAGCUACUCGAAGAAGAGGACUUGAUAAAAGAACUCUCUGAGCCUGAAGCAGACAUAUGUUUUGAAGAGGAUGAAAAAGAAAGUAAGAAGGAUAAGAAAUUUGAGAAAGGACCAGAAGAAGAGAAAGCAGAAAAACCUUCAACAUCUACAGAGAGCGAAAAACUCAUUCGAUUCAUUGGAGAAGAUGAAAAUAUUCAUUCCAAGCCUCUAUUUGGAACAGAUAUAUUAUCUACCUGGAGAACAUCAGCUAGUCAAGGUACAUUGGCCCCAAAGUAUCUUGAAGCAUUGGCAGUGAUUGAACGCACACAGGAGAAGUUAAUAGAGGUUGCAAACCGAGCCAAACGAGCAGAGGAGAAUUUUGAUGUUGUAAGUGAGAAACUUCAUUACACCCUUAUAAGAAAGAAAGAACUGGAGAAAGAACUGGAGGAAGCAUUGAUGAAGGCUAAGGAGAAGGAGACUGAAGGAGGAGAAGAGGAAGAAAAUCAAGGAGAAAGAGAAGGAGAAGAGGAAGAGCACAGAGAAGGAGAAGAAGAAGAGGAAGAAGAAGAAGAAAUCAGGCCAGCGGAAAGUUCCUCAAAAUCUCUGAAGAAAGGAGUACAGCGCAAGGAGGAUCCUCUCACUAGCAAAUCCAAAACCCGGAGUAGACCCAGCAAGAGCAAGCCCAAGCAGCACCCAUAGGGUGCCGGGGGUCACCGUGGCUCUCCUACCCGAACACACCCCAGAUCUCUCUGCGCUGUUGAGGUAACUUCAUGGCUCAUUGGAGGUGCUCCCUCUGCAACAGCUAGUAGAAAAGCCAUGACAUAUAACCCAAGAAUGUUUUCAUUAAAACUCACAGUGAUGGCUGCGGGGAAUCAGCACAUUCGCUUAU